AUGAAAAGAUCUUCGCAACCGGUAUCUCGCAGUGUUCGCGUGUGUCGGGAGGGUAGUAGUGCCCGAGCGCUAGCGUUAACCUGUAGUACAUCGAACAUGGAGCGGUCGUCCCGAGGAGCGAUCACAUGGCGAGCGCGGCCGAGCGCUUGUCGCGGUUCUUGUUGCGGGCGAGCGUGCGGGCUUUGCACGCUGCGUUGUUUUGGAGAUGCUGCAACACAAACAUAA